AGAGAGGCGACAAAAUCAAUCAUCCUCUUCCGAUAGCCACAGAAAACGAAAGAAUCAAAAACAAAGAGAGAAGAGAAGGAUACAUUCAAAUCACUUAACACUAAUUGUUUCUUCUUCUCCUUUACUUGUUUAUCUUUCUUUCCUCUGUCCCUCUUUAUCAUCUCCCAAAGUUUCGAUUUUUUUUUCAUCCUUUCAUGAAAACAUUUGUGUUUUCUUAACUCCCGAUUUCAACAAUUUCGUAAUCUGGGUUUCGUGUUUCGGAUUCAUUCAGAAGAUAAAAGUUUAUCAAUUUCGCCUCAAAACCCACAUGGGAUUGGCACUAAACACUAGACUGACAAGAAGAAGAAGAGUCAUCAUCACCAUCGAGUGUUUGCUAUUGCUACGAUUAUGUCCUUAGCAGAAUCUUCAGUCUCAGUUUUCACUGACGAAGAAGAAGAAGAAUCAUCAUCAUCCUUUCACGGUCGAUACACCUUAUGGAUCAAAGAAGCUUUAGACGAGCUUCCUCACAAUUUCACAAUCACCGACCCGUUUCUCUCGGGUCACCCGAUUGUUUUCGCCAGCUUAGGGUUUUUGCAAAUGACUGGGUAUUCCCGUGAAGAGGUGAUCGGAAGAAAUGGCAAGUUUUUCCAAGGGCCUAAGACGAAUCGAAGAUCCAUCAUGGAGAUCCGUGAAGCCAUUCGUGAAGAGAGAUCGGUUCAAGUGAGCUUGUUGAACUAUCGUAAAUCUGGCUCUCCGUUUUGGAUGUUGUUUCAUAUGACUCCUGUUUUUGGGAGAGAUGAUGGUAAAGUCAUCAAUUUUGUUGCGGUUCAGGUCCCUAUUUCGGGACGAGGACAUCACCGGAAGGUGAGAAUUGGGUCGGGUUUUAGUGGAGAUGUGUCGUUGGAUCAUUCUGAAUUGGUGUUUGGUUCUUGUCGAAGAGAGGUUUGUUUUGGUAGUUUCGUGCAUCAGGAUCCAGCUUUACCAGUGGAAUGUGAUGGUGAUGAUGAUGAUGAUGAACAAGGAUUAGAGGAUUGGGAACACUGUGAAGCAAGUGAGUCGGAGAAGCUUAAAGCUGCGGAAGCAAUUAACACUGUGUUAUCUACUUUAACGCGUUACAGCGAGUUGAACGGUGCAUUAGUCUGUGGAAAGCGAUGCUGCUUUCGAGGUGCAGAUUGCCUAAGUUCGUCGUUAGUUAUUUCUCUCGGUAGAAUCAAACAAAGUUUCGUAUUAACCAAUCCAUGCUUACCUGACAUGCCUAUUAUUUACGCGAGUGAUGCCUUUUUGACAUUGACCGGUUACAAGAGGCAAGAGGUUUUGGGACAAAACUGUAGAUUUCUGAGUGGAGUUGAUACUGAUUCCUCAGUUCUAUACGAGAUGAAGGAGUGCAUCUUAAAGGGACAAUCAUGCACAGUUCAAAUACUAAAUUACAGUAACAGAAAAGAUAAGAGCACAUUUUGGAAUCUUCUUCACAUAUCACCAGUUCGUAAUGCUUCAGGCAAGACAGCAUAUUUUGUAGGUGUUCAGGUAGAAGAAAGUUGCAGAAAUACGGAAAAUAACGAGCUGAGACCGGAGACGAGGCAACUUAGUGUGGUCGGUGCGGUUAGAGUUGCAGUCAGGAGCUUGUCCAUGGUGACAUGCUAAUAUAAGCCAGAAAGAAUGUGUUUUAGAAAGAAGUAGAGAAGAGUAUGGAGUGAAUUGGACAAUAUCACAUCUUUACUAUAUAUUUGUAUAAUCGUUGUACAUGAAUAAAGUCUUUCAGAUUUGUUAGUGAGUCUGUGUGCUCCCGAAAAUUCACGUAUGUCAUUGAAUGUGGAUAGAGAGAUCUUGAACUAGUUUGUAUACGUGAUUCAGUCAAAAAAAACUAAUUUGACGGCAAGUAAAUUUAAGUCUUUACUAA